AAUAAUUAGUCAAUUCAGCAUGGACGCAAGUUAACAUCAUCGUUACCGGCAUCGUGUGUUCAUCAAAUUUGUAAAUCUGAACGAAAUUUCCAUUUUAUAUCGAUACCAUUUCAUUAAAAUUAUGGGUUCGUACUUAGCAAAACCCAUUACGGAAAAAAUCUCAACCGAUGAAGAAAAUCACAGGUUAAAAAUUGGUGCAAGUUCUAUGCAAGGUUGGCGCGUUAGUCAGGAGGACGCUCACAAUUGCCUUUUAGACUUCGACGUAAACACAGCCCUGUUCGCAGUGUACGAUGGGCACGGAGGUCACGAAGUGGCCCACUACUGCGCUCAGAAACUACCAGACUUCAUCAAGAGCUGUGAACCGUAUAAAAGUAACGAUCUGGAAAAGGCACUCGAAGAGUCAUUUCUCGGUUUCGACGCUACAAUCGAGACACCGAAAGUCAUUACCCAGCUGAAAGAAAUCGCGGGCGCCAAAGAAACUCAGAAUGAGUCCGAUAAUAGUGACGUCGAAGAAAACGUCAGUAAUUUGUAUGAGGAGGCCACAAUGCCCUUGGAGCAGGUGAUAGAAAAGUAUACGUCGAAUUUAAAACACCCGCACAUGCUCAACUUACAAAAAGACGACGACAAACAACCGGUUUCACCUUAUCUUCGGGCGAAAAAGGAUGGUCCAUCAGUAAAUGAGCCUUCGAGUUCUGGAGAAGGGAUUGGUACCAGUUCGGGUAGCUCGCAAAGCGUGGUUAACCAUAAGACCGAGGAAGUGCAAGACGAAACUAAAGUGGAGAAAUCAAGUGAUGCCAAGGAGGAAAAACCUGUACAAAAUGGUGAAACCGUUGUCCCGGCGGUGGAGAAUAAUGUCGAUGGUCAUCAGGAGAAUGGGGAAAUUGUUAAGAAGGGUAAGGGAAAGGCGCUGGCAAAGACUAAAGGUGUUCCCAUGCCGUCUCCCAUUAAAACACGACCUAAACGCAACGCACAGCAGCUUUACAGUACCCUGUUGAAGUUUGAAUCGGAGAGCGAGUCUGAGGAUGAAGAGGACAAAACCUUCCAAGGGCCUAAUGACAAUAGCGGAUCCGACGAUGAAGACAACAAACUGGAUGAAGGCGAUAAUUCGAGUUCCGAAUUGGGCGAAGAGGAGACAGACGAGCUGGAGGAGGAAGAUAUUGAGGAGGAAGAGGAGGGUGAUUGUGAUUCUAUGGAUGAGACCGAUUUAGAGUUUGCCAGAAAUAUGCGAGAAGAGCCUGGAUCUGAUAGCGGAUGUACGGCGGUUGUUGCGUUGUUGAGAGAGAAUCAGCUGUACGUCGCAAACGCGGGCGAUUCGCGGUGCAUUGUAUGCAGAAAUGGUAAAGCGGUCGACAUGAGUUUGGAUCACAAACCAGAAGACGACCUUGAGACUCAAAGAAUCCUGAAGGCCGGCGGACGAGUAACGCACGACGGUCGCGUGAACGGCGGCCUCAAUCUCUCGCGCGCCAUCGGCGAUCACGCCUACAAGCAAAACAAGGAGUUGUCGGAUCGCGAGCAAAUGAUCACCGCACUGCCGGACGUAAAAACGUUAACUAUUAAUCCGGGGGAGGACGAAUUUAUGGUGCUCGCGUGCGACGGAAUUUGGAACUUUAUGUCUAGUCAGCAGGUCGUCGAUUUCGUCAAGUCAAAGUUGGAGAGCUCGCCGGGAAAGCUUUCCAAAAUUUGUGAGGAGAUGUUUGAUUAUUGCUUGGCACCGGACACAAUGUGCGAUGGAACUGGCUGUGAUAACAUGACGGCUAUCAUCGUUCAGUUUAAAAGUAGUGUGUGUAAAAGGGCAGCGACCGACGAUGAGGAGACAGAAAGUGUGAAACGUGCCAAGACUGAUCAUACGGAAGCUACUGUAUAAAUUUGUAAAAAAAACUGCUAGUUAUUUUUAAGGGUAUUAUUUUCUUUCGUCUGGCAACAGAUAACUUUUAAAUGAAAAACAUCAUCCAUCGUGUUAGUAUUUUGUAGUUAGUUUUUAAAUCGUGGUACAAUAGUUCAAGGAGAAAUAUCGAUUAAUGUCACGUUUGUUUCAGUGACUAUUGCAAAUGCCACAGUAAUAGGUGCCUUUUAUAUUUCAACAAUCUGUGGUGGCUGUAAAUAAACUGUAAUUUUUUUAUAUUUAUCCAAAAAUGCUGUAACUUUGCUUAGUAUAUUUAUAAGGUUUAUUCUAAGAAAACCGUCACACUUAUCUUUGUUCUUUUAUGUUACGAAAAGUUAAAUUUGUUUUCUCCCAUGCUGUUGCUAGAGUUUAGGUAUUGACAUGAAUGUAUACAUAAGUUCAUUUCAUCUCAUAUUCCUCACAUCAUAGUAUUUUUAUUACACAUUUACA